AUGGGUGGAACUCAUCUCACCAUCAUCCUCCAGUUACUCACGAGAGCCGUCCUAACCAAAACGGUACAAGGAAUGCACCCAGCUAUCAAUAUAAUGGAGUGCGACGCUUACCAAUUCUUCGUCUACCAAAUGGAGCUCACAAUCCAGGAGUUCGCGAAAGAAGAUCUCAAGAGUAAAGAAGAUGAUACAAAACGAUCACUGAGCCCAGUAUCAGAUAAAGCAAAUAGCCCAACUUGGAGUAUUACAAAAACAAGUCAUCUGGAUGAGGAAGAAGCUGAAGAUACUAAAAGCUCACUAAGUGAGAAAGUAAUGGGAGAUACAUACAAGCCCCUUGAAGAAAUAGAAUGGCCAAGUUGUUUCCCUGCCCCACCAAGCAGCCCAAGCAAUACAAGUUCUUUGCCUUCUCAUGAUUAUCUGCAUGAAAUAUCUCCUUCUCCCCCUCCUGAUUUUAAACAUGAAGCAUCACCUUCACCCCCAAGCUCCAUGCAUAAUGCUUCAACACUGCCACUUCCUGGACGACAUCGUGAACCAAUACCCCCAGUUCCAACACCAGAACUACCACAUCAUAUUCUAGCAUGCAAAAGUGACUUCCAAGGUAAUGGUUCUAAAACAAUGACUAUAAGUAGAUCAAGGAGGAGGUCUCACGAUGUUAAAACAUCACCAAACCAACCAAGACGAUUAUCCUUACAAACAACAAAAUCAUCAUCACCUCCCUCUGACUACAGAUGGAUGUACAUAAAUGACAUAAAAGCAAACGCAACAUUAGUAUCAAGAAGUCCCAUUGGACAAAACUAUCAUUCCCCUUCACCACCAAGUCCACAAAGUGUUAUCACUCUUUCACCAGCCAAAUUACAGUGUGACACUUACUACUCACCUACAAAUUUGCAUCAAAGCAUUCCUCCAUCAUCUCCUAUUCAGAUGGUAUCCUCAGCAUCUCCACUUGGUUUCCAGCAAAGCAAUUCAUCAUCAUCAAGUGCUUCACAACAAGACAGCUCAAUAUCUAUUGUCUAUAAUGCAUCACCAUCUCCUCCAUUACAAAAUCUCUCUAAUGAUGUAUCCCCAGAACCAUCUAUUAGAGAAGAUGUACAAAGUGGGUCACCCUCACAAUCAACACCUAAAUCUGCUUCCCUUGAUGAAAUUACAGUUCAUCACUGUUCUAUAUCACCCCCAGAACUCCAAGAACAUUCAUUAUUAUCCCUAAAAGAAAAUACAGAAGAAACAAGAAGUCAACCUCCCACACCUCCACCAUUACCCGAGUUCUUUGAGGAGGAUAACCCUCCAACUCCCCCUCCUAUUCCUGAAUUUUUUGAAAGAGAGAGUCCAUCAUUGUCACCUGAAGAGAACCAUUAUCCAAUACCCACAAUUGAUGAUGAGGAAGAAAUAUAUGAUAAUGUACCUCCUACUCAAAUAGUCCCCAUAGUUUACCCAAGACCAAGAUUAUCACAACCUAACCCACUGUAUGUCAUCCAAGAGAGUCCUUCGCCACAAUCCUCUUUUGAAACAAAACAAGAGAGUCCACAGACACAUUCCUUAGAGAUCAAUGAUGAAAGUCCGCCUCCUGAGCCAAUUGACGUUAUACACAAAAGCCCUACAGAGUCUCCUCCACUUCCAGAAACUGAAAACAUAAGAGAGGAGACUCCUUCACCACCACCACCUCCUCCAAUAGAGGUCGUUCAUGAGAACCCUCCGCCACCCAAAGCCCCAACUCCACCACCUCAAAAAGAAGAACCAAAACCAGAAAGUCGUCCAUCAUCUCCUGAAUAUUUCCAGCUUCCAGACAAUUGGCCUGCAUACCCACCAUUUCUUUUCGGUGAUUCGGACUUCCCACCCCCUUAA